AUGAGCUUUCUUGAUGUCCUGGACUCCAUCGGGACAGGUCAGCGCGUAGCUGCCCCUCAGAUGCCACAGACUUCUUCUGCUCCUCUAAAGCCACCACAUCCUUUGUCUAACUCCACUACAGCGAAGACAAAAUUUGCAGUCUCUAGAGAUUCAGCCAACAGAUUGUCUUUGCCAGGAAAUGGAACGGAGAGAAAGGUCGGUGAAGCUUUCAAAGCUGUUUCCGAAAGGCCAACACGACCGUCCCCGAAGCAAGGCCCCCACUCUAGGUUGCAUGACAGGAGUGCGCCUGUCAGCGCCUCUUCUCAAGACGCCUCCAAGAAUUCGCCUGCCAGAGUCGGUAGCCCCGCUUCCUCAAAUGCGACCACCAAAGCCCCACCACCAGGCUCAUUUGCUGCGCUCAUGGCAGAAGCAAAAGCGGCCCAGGAACAAAAGGCGAAGAGUGAAGUUGGUUUGAUCAAGCAUCAAGCAACGACUAGGGUCCGAUUGUCAAAGUCUGAGAGAAAGAAACAAGAAGAAGAGGGAAAAGCCAUGAAAGCAAAGCUGGGCAAGCAGCCGCAACACAACAGCAAAGUGGACAAGAAAGCCCGUUUGGAUCCUAAAAAACGUCCAGAGUCAACAUACAAGGGGACUGCGAAACCAGCGGCACCAAUAUCUUCCUACAAGGGCACUGCUGGUCUCCCGAGCCAACAUCGGUCCUCUUCGGCGGAUCUAAGACAUAGGGGUGGUAAAUCAUCCAGCAGGUAUGAUGAAUAUCUCGGGACCGAUGAAGAGGAUGAAGGUGAUGAGGAUAUGGUGGAUGACGGAUAUGAAUCAGAUGCAUCUUCUGACAUGGAAGCUGGUGCAUUUGAUGUUGAGGAAGAGGAGAGCAGAGCGCUUCGUGAGGCUAGGGCUGACGACGCCAGAGAAAUGGCAUUGGAGAACAAGCUGAAACGAGAGAAAGAGGAGCGGAGAAGAAAAUUGGAAGCCCUGGCGAGAAAGCGACGUUGA